GGUAUAUUUAAUAUCCGAAAUGGAAUCAACCACCGACGAGAGUAUUAAGGAAUACGUCCAUAAGACAUUUGAUGAUACUUUCUUACCAUCACUCAUGGAUUUUGUGAGGAUCCCAAACCUUUCACCCCUCUUUGACCCUGAGUGGAACACUAAUGGGCUCUUGAUGAAGGCAGCAAAUCAUCUUAAAGAUUUUGCAGAUGGACUAGGACUUCAAGGAUAUACUUCAGAAAUUGUUAAGGAAGAUGAUAGGACCCCUGUCCUUUUCCUGACCAUCGAGCCCUUUAAGGUUCCUGAAGAAGACGCCCUCACUGUUCUCUGUUAUUCCCACAUGGAUAAGCAACCAUGGGGUGAUGGAUGGGAUGCUGACAAGAAACCAGAUGAGCCUGUGAUCGUAAACGAUAAGUUAUUCGGAAGAGGUGGAGCUGACGAUGGAUACGGAAUGUAUUCAGCACUGCUUGGAAUAAAAACAUGCCAAGACCAUAGUCUCCCACACCCAAGAGUAUAUAUCUUUAUUGAAGGUUCAGAAGAAAGCUCUGAAGAUGAUUUGGUUCACUACAUCAAUGAUUUCAUUGGAGGAAGAUUCAAACACUCUUUGGAUCUUGUUAUCGCGUUAGAUUCAGAAGCUUUAGACGCUCAGACUUUCACUUCAACCAGCUCUCUGAGAGGAAUCAUCAAUUUCGAUCUUAAAGUAGAAGCAUUCAAGGACAAUAUUCAUAGCGGAAAUAGUGGAGUUUUUGCAGAUACUUUUACAGUUGCGACAGACUUGAUUAGCAGACUCGAAGACAAGUCUACAUAUCUAAUGAAAGAUGAGUUCCAAGUAGACAUCCCUGACUACAGAGUUGAAGAAAUGAAGGAAAUGGCUAAGAGACAGAGAAGAAGUGACGAAUUGCCUUGUCUUAAGGUUAUCCAGUCAAUUCCAACUUUAUUGACAGGAGACACCAUUGAUCAAAAUUACCAUCAGAUUGCUAACUACAAUUGGAAAUCAGUCUUAUCUGUGAUUGGAGCCAACGGGUUACCUGAUUGUGCUAUCUCAGGAAAUUGUUUGAGGAAACAAACAACAUUGGCCAUUUCAAUCAGAACUCCUCCAACUGCUGAUGUUGAUAAAAUGUUUGAGAGAAUCAAGGAGCUUAUGACUACUGAUGUUCCUUUUAACUACCAAGUCUCCAUUGAACGUCCAGAUAUUGCUGCAGGAUGGAAUGCUAAAGCUUUGUCAGAAAAAGUUGACACAGCUCUCAAUGAUGCAGUUAAAUCAUCAUAUGGAACAAACCCCGUAUUCCAAGGGUGCGGAGGUGCUAUCCCAUUUGCAGGAAUCUUAGGUGAAAAGUUCCCAAAGGCAGAUUUCCUGGUAACUGGAUCAUCUUUGCCAGAUACGAACGCACAUGGUCCAAAUGAGAACCUUGAUUUACCAUCAACUAGAAAUCUGACCACUGCUUUAGCCUUCUUAUUCAGAAAUGUAGCCAGUUAA